GAUGAUGAACUCACGACGACGCAGCAGAUAAAUGAAGCCAAUCGAUCUAGCCCUGAUCGUGACUUUGUCCGGACUUUGUAUGGUAGUUUCGUGCUGAAAGGACCUUAUGGGGACCAUGUCUGCUCGGCAUACUGGCCCGAGCGACAACCCGUCAAUUUCUUUCAGCGUCGUUACCGUGAAGCUAGCUCGGGAAAGGAAUUUUUCACGGUCCCUAUCCUCACGGCCUAUUUUAAGCCGCUUCUCAAAGGCGUUCGAUAUCUUCACCGUGACUGUCACGUUAUUCACACCGACCUUAUAUUGUCUAACAUUCUCUUCACAAUGGAGGAUCCGAAGACGCUUUUGCUGGGGUCCGAGAAAUAUGUUUCAGAGAACCCUGCUGCAAGGAAGACCCUGCCCGAUCAUGAAAUCUACGUGUCUGGCAGUGAUUUCAGACUGUGGGUGAACAGAAAGGUGCCCACUCCUGUGGUCUCUGACUUUGGAAAUGCAGUUAGGGGCGACCAAGUGCGUGCGAUCACUGCAUCCAGCCGGAUGUGUAUCGUGCGGCAGAAGUCAGCUUUGGACUCGCUUGGUCGUAUAGCGCUGAUAUAUGGAACCUUGGCGCACUGGUACGAAGCUUA